CCGCCCGCCCUCUCGCUCUCGCGCAUCUGCUGCAGCAGGGACCGAGGAGGCUGCGCGGCGGCGAUUCCGACCGGAGAGGCCGGCAAGGAUGGCUCUGAUACCGCCAAGUUACUGUUUUGUUGCAUUUUCACCACGUACUAAAGAGGGUCAUGUCAUAUUUGGAAAAAAUUCUGCACGGCCGAGGGAUGAGGUUCAGGAGGUAGUUUACUUUGCUGCUGCUACUCAUGAUCCAGGAUGCAAAGUUGAGUGCACAUAUAUUGAGAUUGACCAGGUGCCCAAAACUCAUGCAGUUGCACUGAGCAGACCAUCAUGGCUAUGGGGGGCAGAAAUGGGAGCCAAUGAACACGGAGUGUGCAUUGCAAACAAAGCCAUUGUCACCAAAGAAGCAGCCUCUGAAACUGAAGCUCUGCUAGGAAUGGAUCUGGUCAGACUUGGUCUAGAAAGGGGUGCAACAGCAAAAGAAGCCUUGGAUGUAAUAGUCUCUCUGUUGGAAGAAUAUGGCCAAGGUGGAAAUUAUUAUGAAGAUGGGAACUCAUGCCAUGCUUUCCAGAGCGCAUAUCUCAUUGUGGAUAGAAAAGAAGCUUGGGUUUUGGAGACUAUUGGGAAAUACUGGGCAGCAGAAAAAAUCACAGAGGGAACAAAGUGUAUUUGCAGCCAGCUUUCCUUAACAACCAAAAUUGACGCUGAACAUUCUGAGCUUAGAAGUUAUGCAGAAAACCAAGGCUGGUGGACGGCAGAUACUGAAUUCAAUUUUGCUGAAGUAUUUUCUCAAGAAGAUAAUCAUUCUGAUUGUUGCCUGGGGAAGGAGAGCCUAGAAAAUCAGGAAGGUGAUAUCACUGUUCAAACGAUGAUUGACAUCUUGCGUGACAAGGCCAGAGGUGUUUGUGUGGAUUCAGAAUCUUUCCUUACUACAGCAAGUAUGGUGUCUGCUUUACCUCAGAAUCCUAGUUCUCCCUGCAUCCAUUACUUCACAGGCACACCGGACCCAUCAAGGUCCAUAUUUAAACCCUUCAUCUUUGUUGAUGAUGUGAAAUUAGUUCCAAAAGUUCAGUCUCCUGUCUUUGGUAGUGAUGACCCUGUAAAAAAAACUUCUCGGUUCCAGGAGAAACGGGAUCGCAGACAUGAGCUGUACAGGGCACACGAGUGGAUCCAAUCAGUCAUAGCAAGUGAUCAGGAGAAAGGUCAAAAGCUGAGAAGAACCAUGCUGGACCUUGAAAAACAGGGCUUGGAAGCAAUGGAGAAUAUCCUUACCAGCUCUGAAGUUCUUGAUCCUUCAGAAGUAGAAGACCUUUUUUAUGACUGUGUUGAUACAGAAAUCAAGUUUUUAAAGUGAAUGACCCAUAGACACUGUUAGCUUUUACGUAUGAAGAUCAUAAAGCUCUCCAGGCCUCGAAAGAUAAUCUCGCCAUAUUGCCGAAUUUGGAGGAAAUCAUCAUCUUUCUAGAGAGAUGCUCCUCAGUAGCUGUAUCCAGUUAAAACAUUCCUUUCCCUUUUCUCAUCAUGUUGGUGUCCUGUGUGUGUGCGUUUACGUUGUGAACAGAGAAAGAUCAUUGAUUGGUUCAACAGCUGUAUGCAUGCUGGGUAAUGUGAUGCAGAAUGUUUUUUUUUAACUCUUUGGGGUAAUAGAAUUUAAACAAUGAAUAUCUAGAGUCCAGCUAAUUCUCAGUAAUACAUUACCAGUUAAAUACGUCACUGGGAAGACCAAAUUUUGAGCCAGUGACAAAGGGGGGAAAAAAUCACCAAAUGUAUCUGUGUUCCAGUAGGCCAAAUUUUGCCAUGAUGCAAAGCUGAUUGAGAAUAGAAUCUAAGUCUGUCAAUCUUGGGUGAGGCUUGGAGAUCUCCUGGAAUUACAACUGAUCUCCAGACAAGACUGACCAGUUCCCCUAAAGAAAUGGCUGCUUUGGAAAGUGGUCUUGCAUUGUAUCCUACUGAGGUCCCUCCCCUCCAUAAAUCCUGCUUUUCCUAGACUCCACCGCCAAACUCUCCAGGAAUGUCCCAACCCAGAGUUGACAACCCUAGUAGAACCUUGUUUGUAGGGUAAUGGCAGAUUGGGGUUCAUUUCAGUGUGAUAUGGCUGAGCCAACAGCAUUCCCCCUGUGGGGCUUUGCAUUUAACAUGGGCUGCUAACCUGUGCAAAGUGGGUGGAUGGCUCUCCUUUGCAUGGAUAGUAGUACAGUUUGAAUAAAAUGCCCAUGCAAGUGCAAGCCCGAUGAAAGAAAGCUUUUGCCUCUCCAACAUCACAUUCACACAGUCCGGAUUUGUACUGUCUAGUGACUAGAAUCAGGGUCUCUGUGCCGCCAAGGUAUUUCUAGGGGAUUGGCUGCAGAGUUGCUUCCCCUGUCUCAGACAGAUGCAGAUCAAAUGUGAAGGCAGGUUAUGUUUCAAUCAUCCAUUUCCCUCAAAGUGUAUUUGGGAGCAGAGUGUCAGUGCAGCAACUACAAAUGCGGCCUUGCCAUUAAAAGAAACUCAAGGUUAAUAAUUAGGCUGUAGAACUGAAUGGUUUAGGAACUCCAACAAUUCUUUGAGCACGCCAAAGCUGGUACUGAUGCCCAUUUACAUUCUGGCUAGCUUGUUCAACAAAACUAAAAUUGAAUUGGUGUAAAUGUGCUGAAGAAGUGCAUCUGCAACAUCCAUUUCUUAAAGAACAGGAGGAGACAAUUGUCUUCUCUAUGUCCCCCCCCCCCUAAAGAAGCUACUGAAGACACUAUGCCAUUUCACUGUGAUGACUGGCUGGUUGAAUAGGCUUAGACACAGGCAUGUUGUUGAUAUUAAGAAGGCAGAAAUAAGACACAAAUCUUUUUACAUGAUAAACUCUGUAUCUCUGUCAUGCCAGUUAUCUUACUUUUAGACUGCAGUAUUCAAAAAGGUGGUUGCAUCAAAGUUGUGUUUGUUUCUUCCAGAAAAAAAGUCAGAGCUUCAGCAUACCUGAGCCUGCUUUGGUGGGGAGGGUGGGAUAUAAAUCAAAAUAAAUAAAUAAAUACCAGAAAGUUCUAUUAAAAGUGAAAAUGCCAGCUUUUAAACAAACAUAGUUAUGGUUGAUGAGCCUGGUUGAAAUGCGAAACAAAAAUGGAUCUGAGGACCUAACUGAACAGUACAUCUUCCCUGAGUUCUUCCCAGAUAUGUGUGAUCAGACAUGUGCCUGGAGUUCCAUGACAGGAACUUAAUUUCACGCACAGGUACAAACCGGAUCAGGACCACAUUGUACACCAAGAAGUAGUUUCAUCCUUCCCCUUGUUUUGUUUCCUGACCUAAAAUGACUGCUUAAGGGCAUGUUUUGUCCCAUUGGGGAAAUCUAGAUGUACCCAAUCAGUACACAAAGAGCUCCCUCAGCAAGGCAAAUAGUGCUUCCCAGGCCCAUUUCAGGUCAGAAAAAUGACAUGAGAAAUGACUCAAGUCAAGGCUUUUCUCAUGUGCUGCAGAUUGGGUUGAUUUACACCUCAGUGGUUUCAUCAUAAACUCACAAAACAUAUCUGCUUUCUUGGAGCAAGGGGGAAAAUGUAACAUGUAGUCAAGCCCUAUUUGAAGUUGAGGUAUGUCUCUCUUGCCCUUGACCUAAGGUGCCUGAAUGUUUGCUUGUGGGAGGGAGCUGAUGUUUUAAAACAAUUUCAUAUGAAUGGACUGUAAAAUGGUUAUAUGGAUAGUGUUAUGUCAUUCAGGAGUUUCUGGAAACCUCAAAAUAAGCUUUCCAUCACAAUGUAGCUUCCUUCUGUUUUACCUCACUUCCUGUGUCGAAAGAAGCUGAAUGGUUGAUGUACUGUUCUGAUACAAAUAUUUUAGCUUGGAACACACUGCUUCAGGGAUAAAAACAAACAUUUCUUUGUACUUUAAUCCAUGUUGAUUCCACGUAUAGCUUGCAGCAAUUAGAAAGGCAAUUUUCAGCACUAUUGCAGAAGUGCACUUGGAAGAUGGCUUUUGUGACAGCUGACAGGCCAGUGAACAAAGCUUGAAAGGAUUUUUAUAGCAAUUGAAAGAGAGGGGUUUUU